UUGCUACCACAGAAGUAGGAUUCAGGAACAGGAAACACACACAGUAUCACAAGAUUAUUAAAGCCUCUCCUUUUUGAACUCUCUUUGAGUAGACAGAAGGAGUCACACCCGACAAUAACCCAGUCCCAUCGAGCAAAGGGAACCAGUUUUUCAACAAUGAAUUACUCUUUGAAUGACAGUGCAUAUGACGAGGAUUAUGUGGACGAAGUCUGUGAAAAAGGCGAGGUGGUCAAAUUUGGAUCCAUUGUCGUUCCUGUUUUCUUCUCUGUCGUGAUUGUACUGAGCCUCACGGGAAACAUUCUCGUCCUUGUUAUUCUGGCUUUGUAUGAAAACCUCAAGUCUCUUACCAAUAUUUUCAUCCUGAACCUGGCCAUCUCCGACCUUGUCUUCACCACUGGUCUUCCCUUCUGGGCAAUUUACCAUAUCUGGGGAUGGGUGUUUUCAGAGACCCUCUGCAAAAUUGUGACUUUUGUCUUCUUCACUGGGUUUUACAGCAGCAUCCUCUUCCUGACCAUCAUGACCAUGUACAGGUAUGUGGCUGUGGUUCACCCGCUCUCUGACCUGAGCACACAGAGACUCAACACCGGGAUUUUUGUGUCCAUCCUACUGUGGAUGGUCAGCACUGGAGCAGCUAUGCCCUCCCUGCUCUACAGCUCCCUUGUCUCAAUCCCUCACAAAAAUGGCCACUCACAGGGCUGUGAAUUCAGCGUUAGACUGUGGGAAAACAUCGGUGUCACGCAGCAGAAUAUUUUCUUCUUGCUUGCUUUUGCAGUGAUGACUUUCUGCUAUAUUCAAAUACUCAGGAAAAUCAGGAAAACAAGAUCUCAAACAAAGCACAGAGCAGUUAAGCUGGUAUUCAGUAUAGUGGCCGUGUUCUUCCUCGGCUGGGUGCCGUACAAUGUGGUCAUCUUUCUGAAGGCUUUGUCUGACAAUUUGGUUCCACCCUUUGAAGGCUGUGAAACGAGUAUCCAGCUGGAAUAUGCAUUCAAUGUGUGCAGGCUCAUUGCUUUCUCUCACUGCUGCCUGAAUCCCGUCUUUUAUGCAUUUGUCGGUGUGAAGUUUAGGCGUCAUUUGAAGUCGAUGUUGCAUCGCAUGUUUGUUCGGCAACAUCCAGUGGAAGAAGAGCAGGCCAGAAUGCAAACUUUCUCGCGUGGAUCAAUGUACUAGUUGGUGUUGAAGUGUAUCAGUUCCUUGCCUUUACUGUGCUACUGAUUUAAAGGCUGACUAAGUCCAUGUGCAUUUGGUAAAAUCUAUUUAGUUUCCCAAGAGUAUCAGAAUUGCUUUGUAUGUCACAGUUUGUGGCAAAUUAAUUAAUCAGUGUUCAAAUGUGAGUUUUGCUGUAUAUUGCUGCUUGCCUAAAUUAAGUCACUGGCACUUUAAAAGCAGGUUAUGUUUUUCACCUGCAUGUAUUAAUAUUAUUAAUUAGUCUGUGGAUGAGCCCUCAUUGCAAAUAUGUUUACAGUGAAAAACGAUGUAUUAUUAAUUUACAUUUAUUACUGUAAUUAUGAUAUAUUCUGUAAAUUUCAUACAAUGUGUACAAUGACUCAACCUUGGUUUUUCAUAAACAGUUAUUAUGUAAGAGGUUUACUAACAAUGCUUUUCUAAAAAAAAAAAAAAAAAUGCUUGCAUGUCAACAUUGUCCAUCAAAAUUUGAAUUUGUUAAAUUCUCAGUUUUCCUGUGGUUUACAGCACAUCAGCACAGAAUAGUAAGAAUAUCAAGCUUCUCAAAGAUAAUUAGCACUUUAAUGUACAACAUUUGCAUGCUUUUCUCAUCAAAUGUGUCUUCUACAAUCUGCACUGAUUUGCAACCAUUAAAGAGAAAUAAGAGACAUUUUUCAUGAAACAUCUCUUUAUAUAGACAAGAGUGAUGUGUAAAAAUAUGGAUAAAACAUUUUACAUAUGAAAUAAACUUUAAUAGCAAAAACAAAUAAAAUAAAAUUAACAAGAAAAACUCAUUUUAUAUGUAGUGAAAUCUUUGCAGACCUAAUCCAGAAUUGCUUAGCUUGUUUUAGGCAGGACCAGGAGAUUGAGACACCCUCACCUCAAGGUUGUAUAUGGUAAGUGGGCAAUUUAUUGGGCACACCACAGUCUAAUGUAAUUCAGCAUAGGCAAUAUAAUGUUCAUAAUAUUUGGUUUUGUUGACAGAGCUGGAAACAUGUAAAUUCAGUUAUGAGUUUAUUACUGUGGUCACAGUUAUUGUUCAAGCGUUGUACUGGAUAUAUUGAAAGGUGUUAGUUAGUUUUUUUGGUCCUUCCUAUUUACACAAAUAAGGGGGAAACAACAGUACAACAACAACACCAGCUAUGACCUUGAUGCUAAAACAUAUGAUUGACUUAACACUGAUCUGACAGCAUAAAAAUCCCCGAACAUCAUAGGCAACAUAAAAGCGGAAUUUAUAGCUCAGCUGGUGGAUUGGAUUUCAUUAGACUGUGCAAAUGUGCCGUAUCUCCCUGCAGACUCAAGUCAAGGUUGUCUCUGUAUGAGUGGGGUCACUCAAACCACUGGGCUAACCUACCGCCUAAACUACAGCAAAUCUCACCCUCAACAUGCAUAAUGAGUUGUGUCUGUGUUGUUACUUGUUGUCUUCAGUCCAUCCACAUGGUUUGUCCAGUGGUGGCCAUGUGUCAAGAGGCCUGCUAAAAUGUGACCCUUAUUCCUGAUGAUGAGAAACAUUUACACAUGCUGUGUCCAUAAUGUUCAAAUGCUUGGAACCGAAGGAAGGAGCAGUUCAGGUAGGUCAGCCUGCAGGUGUAAGGUUGGUUCAGAAUUUGGAUUUCAAACUUUGUACCGCAACACAAAUUAUUCUGGCUCAGUGCUGACAUGUCAGUGGCAAAAGCGAGAACACAAACUCUAGGUGUGUGUUCUCACUUCUGCAAUCACAACCUCAUGAAAACGUUUUGGAAACUUUGGCUGUCCAUGAGUAUUUACUGUCUGCUCUACUAUGAGUUUACCUUAACACUGUUCCAUCUUUCUAUACUACUGCCGUUUCUCUGCAGCAGGGACAGGUGCGACUCCACCUGUCUCCUCUGGGGCCUGUGACACGGUCUGCUGCUGAGAGUGAAAAGCUGCCACCAAAAAAUCAACCAACUGUAUCAUUAGUGUGGAGUGGAGUUUGGAUGAGGUUGCUAUCAUUGACUAUCAUUUGACUCUGUGACUCCUGUGUGUGUUUGGAGACAUUUUGAGCAGUGAUCAUCCUGUGUAGUGUUUGGAUUUUUGCAAGACUCUAUACAUUUUUCAUUACAUUUUUUCCCUGUGAUAUUAUGUAUAUAUUUAACAUAGGAUCAGAUUUAGGAUGAGAAUAAUUAUGACAAUAGAAGCAUGAGAAAAGUAUCAACACACACAUACAAUAAAUUAGUGGUAAUCAGGACAAAACUAUUAGCAUCAAAAUAUAUGUUUUGUACAAAAGCAUCAACCUGGUUAUGGUUUCAUCUGAUAAUGUUGGAUCAUAGCUUAAUUAUUGAUUAUUUUUAUUAUUAUUCAUCUGAAUCCGCAAAGUAAGGUAUCAAAACUAUUGUGUAACAUCAUCUCUAGUGGAGCAGAUAUAUAAAGCAGAGGGAAAAGUACAUACUCAAGCAAAGGGCCAGUACUUUGAAAUUGUAAAUAAGUGCAAAACUUAAGUAAACGGAGGCCUACUUAGUGACUGUCCAACACUGUAGGAUAUAACUUAUGAGAACAGUCCCUUCCAAAAUUAAACACAG